UACAAUUUCCCUGCUCCGCGCAAAAUGCCAAUAAUUGUUUUGUUAGGAAUGUUGAGUAUAUUUUGCGAAUUGGAAUCUCUAAAGAGACUUGAAGUUUAAAUUGUAAUAUUGUCUGCAAUUAUUCUUUUUGAUACUUUUAUAAAUAUUUGUGAUAGUGAAAAGAUAUUUGUUACAAUUACAUUCUGAAUCCGGCAUAUUAUUUUCAUUUUAUUCUUCCACAAGGAUGCAGAGAAAACAGGGCUUUCCCGUUGCGAACUGCAGCAUAAAAAUGCCGGACAGCAAUGGCAUGCCUAUUGAGGGAUUAUUGGAAGACGAGGAGCCAUUGCAACGGCGGCAACAGCUUAUCAAUUUUGGCCAUGCACAGUGGGGCUUCAAUAACUGGAGCUGGUCUGUCACCAAGCAAGAUUUAGAUUUUGUGGAGUUGUCAAAUGGCAAAUACACAGCUGGGGUAGUAGCUUUCGUGUCAGUCAAAGUUAAGACUGUCGACAUACACAGGGAAAACAUUGGCUAUGCAACCUCUCUUGCACCAAACAAAGGAGCUGCCAUCCAUAGGGCUAGGAAGUGCGCCGUCACCAAUGCGCUCCGCGAGACAUUGCUCUCCUUCGGCGGCGCCGUCGCGACCGAGCUCGCCGAGUUGCUCGACGCGCAUCGGCUGGAGCCCGUCGAGCCACUCCCCGAGAAUAACCCCAACGCGCUCAAUAGGCUCGCCGAGCCGAGGAACUCGCCCAAGCCCAGCGCUCGCAAGGAACCCGUGCCGCCCUGCGUCAACGUGAAGAGCGCCACCAUCCCGCCCGUGGCCAAGGCGCACCCGAUGCCCGCCAACCUGCCGCCGGCCGCCAACCGCGCGCCGGCCGCCAACGCGCCGCGAGCGCCGCCCGCGCCCCCCGCGCCGCCCGCGCCUCCCGCGCCCUCCGUGCCGCCCGUGCCGGCGCCGCAGCGGCCCGGCUCCAACGUAAGUUUCGUGCUGCAGCCGGUGCCGUGCGCGCCGCUGUUCGGCGCCCCGCCGCGCCUGGCGCCGCCGGCCGCGCCGCCGCUGUUCCCCAACUACUACGAGUACGCGGGCCCGUGGCACUUCGCCUACGAGCCGCUGGAGCGCGCGCCGGCCAACGUGAACCUGAACUUCCCGCCGCGCAACCUGCUGGUGGGCCGCGAGUGCAAGGCGCGCGAGGAGCACUUCGCGCCUCCCCCGCAGGGCUGCUGGAUCAAGCCGACCAUCUUCUACGACGGCUUCUGGACGGAGCAGAAGGUGAAGAGGUGGGUCGCGGAGCAGGUCGAGAAGCAGUUCCCGGAGGACGCGCACAAGACGUCGUCGCCGGGCCCGCCGGCCUCCAAGCCGUGAGCGGGGAGUGAGUAUUCGACGGUCUCGCCUCGGGAGCGGACACUAUUUUAUAUCGAAUUUUUGGAUGUCUCUAGGCGUAGAUUUAGAUUUAAUCUUGAAAAUGUCCAGACCUAGGUUGCGUUCUCGUUCCACUCUGUAGAGUAUUAAGUAGAAAGGUUGACUUUCAUACAUCGAGAUGUGUUCACAGAGACACGUAGGGAAUCUCAUUCUUAAGGAGUUUCGUCAGUGUAGUAUUGUUUUAGUUACUACUAAAGAUAACUAUACUAUAGCCCAAUCACGUGUUGCAAAAGUUUUGAUAAUUCUUGUACACUUGGCACGACGCGACUUGCGAUUUUUAAUCCUCUAAGGAUACUAUUAAAUACUAUAUGAUACCGAGUGUGGUGUACCGUGUAGUUAUUAGAGUAAAUGAGAAUGUUUAUGCAUUUUUGCACUCUAAUCUUACCUGUAUUAGAUUUAUAAUUUUUUAAUGUGAUGUUUUUAUCACAAUGUAAAAUUAAUGGAAUUGCAGAUGUAUAAUAUUUAUAGUCUAAGGUAAGACUUUGUGUGGUAUUUCAUUAUAUGUUUUUAUCAAAAUAAAACAUUUGAAA